AUGGAAUCGCACGAGCCAGGAGCGAGGGAGGCGAGCGGCUCCCACGCCCGCGGUCUCCAGAGUCGGGAGACUCGGAAGAUUUGCCGAUCUGGCGACCAUCUCAGGUCUCCAGAAAUGGGAUACGCCGCUGGCGAUUGUGUUGCCGAUUCCCCGCAGUUCGUCUAUACUGCUGCAGCGGAAGGAAAGCUGGCUGCACUCAACGCCCUGAGAACAAUCAAUAAUCGAGAGCCGGAGAAAAUCGACUAUUCAGUCGUGCCGUGGGUCGUAUUUACUACUCCAGCUGUUGCUGGCGUCGGUGUUAGUCUCAUUGACGCUCGUGCUAAGGGCAUUGACGCGGAAGCAUCGUCUUCCCCGCUAAACCUUCUUCCUGGCGCUCUCGUACAGCAAAGCACGCAGGGCUUUGUAACGCUAGUGCGAGAUAAGAGUGAUGACCGGAUCGUGGGUGCGUUUGUUCUGGCAGAAGAAUGA